GAGUGGGGGCGUCCCGCCCGGAGAUGACAAUACUAGACUCGCCUCGUCUAUUGGCAACGGGGGAAGGGUGUCACGGAGGCUGGGCUCGAGCUCCUCAGCCCUUUGGGAGCGGUAUAACUUGGAAGACGCGCACCGCCUCCCGUUCAGUUGUCGGCGGCGCGCCGUCUGCGAACGAACAAGCCUCUCCCCCGCCAUGGCGCCCCGCGUCGUCCUCGCCAUCGCCGUCCUGGUGGCGGCGGGCACGUGCGCGGCCUCGGACACCACGACCACCGCCUCCAGCACCACCGCCGCCUCGACCCUGGGCGACGCAGAGGUCCGCGCGCAGGCCGCUCCCGCAGUGGCGGCCCCGUUGGACGAGGCGACGUUGGCCUACGAGGAGGACGAGCAUGCCGACAACGAGACUUCGGCGGACGACCCCGGCGACCCCGGUCGGCAGGGCCGCUUCAUCCAUUGGAUGAGUCGCGGGGACUCUAGCCGCGGCCCGCACCCCACCAUGGCCACCUUCUCGCAGAGGGCCUCGCAGCUCGGAGACAUCCUCAGGAGGGCGGCCAAGUUCUUGUCCGCCUUCGCCUCUGCACAGACGCGAAAAGGUUUGGCACUCAUAAAUAGUAUUUAUUGA